CUGGGCAAUCGACAUUUUGCGGUUGCAUCUUUUACGUGCCGUUGCAAUUAAUAAAACAUUUGAGCCUCAACAUGUCUAAGGAUGAGAAGGACAAAGUGCAAAUCAUCGACAAGGAGCUAGACCUGUCGAAUGCAGGUCGUGGCGUUUGGCUAGUCAAAGUACCCAAAUACAUUGCACAAAAAUGGGAAAAAGCGCCGUCCAACAUGGACGUUGGCAAGCUGAGAAUUAGCAAAACACCCGGGCAGAAGGCCCAAGUUUCACUUUCACUCACGCCUGCAGUGCUCGCGCUUGACCCCGACGAGAAAAUACCCACAGAGCAUGUGCUCGACGUGUCACAGGUUACAAAGCAGACCCUAGGCGUUUUCUCCCACAUGGCUCCAACGGAAGCGACGACAGCCGCCGCCAACAAUGGAAAGGAAAAUGGAUCAGCUGCAGCUUCCGCGACGCCAGACAGUGAGAAGCUAUAUAUGGAGGGGCGUAUCGUCCAAAAACUCGAAUGCCGACCCAUUGCCGACACUUGCUACAUGAAGCUCAAGCUCGAGUCCAUACGCAAAGCCUCCGAGCCACAGCGCCGAGUGCAGCCAAUUGACAAGAUUGUGCAAAACUACAAGCCAGUUAAGGAUCAUGCACACAAUAUCGAGUAUCGUGAACGCAAGAAAGCGGAGGGCAAGAAGGCACGUGACGAUAAGAAUGCUGUGAUGGAUAUGCUUUUCCAUGCAUUUGAGAAGCAUCAGUACUAUAAUAUUAAGGACCUGGUGAAAAUAACCAAUCAGCCUAUUAGCUACCUGAAGGAAAUACUUAAAGAUGUCUGCGAUUACAAUAUGAAGAACCCGCACAAGAAUAUGUGGGAGCUCAAGAAAGAAUAUCGCCACUACAAGACUGAAGAACAGAAGGACGAGGAAAAGACAAAAUCAGACGGCAGCAGCGAUUCCGAUUAGUUUUAGAAUUUUAAUUUGUAUUGUUCCCAUAAUCUUUCAAUUGUA